AUGUCCUUGUCCACUUCAACAAAAACGCCUGAGGUUGAACACAUAUCAGACUAUUCGUCUGGACAAGACCUGAUGUCAGUGGAUGAUGACAUCUUUAACGAAAAGCCCACGUUGACCCUCCCUGUCAUUAAAAACUAUUUCGCUACACGACUCACGACUUUGUUUGACUUGCCAGUUUACCAUCAAGACAAGAGAUGGUAUGAGCUCAUGAAUCCUAUUCCCGCCUUGAGAGAAAUGACAUUGAGAGAUUGGAAUUACUAUGGGUUGGGAUGGUUUGGCUGGGUCUUGGACGCCAUGGACUUUUUCUGCGUGUCUGUUGCUUUACCUGAAAUCGCAGUCAGUUUGAAUUCGACUGUGGCUGAUAUCACUUGGGGUGUCACUGUUGUUUUGAUGCUUAGGGCUAUUGGUGCUAUAUCUUUUGGAAUAGCCUCGGACAGGUUUGGAAGAAAGAAAUGUUAUAUUGUCAUUUGUAUCUUGUUUAUUUUCAUUGAAGUUGGUACUGGAUUUGUCCAAACUUAUGAGCAAUUCAUUGGAGUGCGUGCAAUCUUUGGAAUUUUGAUGGGUAGUAUGUUGCCUGUCUGUAUGGUCACGGCAAUGGAAAGUCAGCCAGUACGUGCCAGAGGUUUCUUAUCUGGGUUGUUCUCACCCGCUUAUUGUGGUGGUUACAUAAUGGCCUUGGUAUGGUACAAGGUGUUUGCUCCAACUUAUAAACCAGGUGAAGGGUGGAGAAGUUUGUUUUGGUUCAGUGGUGGAUUGAGUGUCCUCUUGAUUGUCUGGAGGUUACUAGUCCCCGAAUCAAAUGAAUUCUUGGUUAUGCAAGAGAAGAAGAGAAAGAUUAAGGAACAAAACAAAAAGACUGGAGGAAUCCACAAGUACUUCAAUACAACUAUUGUGAAAACUUUGAAAACUGAGUGGUUGUUGUUUACCUACCUUUGUAUUACUUAUGCUGGUUGGAACUUUAUGAGUCAUGGAACUCAAGAUUUGUACGUCACAAUGUUGGCUAAUCAAUUUGGUGUUGGUCUUGACAAGAGAACAAUGGUUGUCGCUUUAUCCAAUCUUGGUGGGCUCAUUGGAGGCGCAUGUAUUGGGAGUGUGUCUGAAGUUUUUGGAAGACGGUUAUCUGCAAUCAUUGCUACCAUCUUUUGUGCUGCACUUGUGUACCCAUCAUUUCACAAUGCCGACAAGAACUGGGGUGCAUAUGUUGUGUUGAUUGCUUCGGUGAUGGCAUCUUGGGGUGUGUCUUCUGCUUACGCAUUGGAGUUGGUAAACAAGGCACACAGAACUUUAUUAAUUGGGUUGGCGUACCAGAUUGGUAACUUGAUUAGUUCAGGCAGUGCCACUAUUCAAGCGCAACUUGGUGAAAAGUAUCCUAUUGCAGGCGCUGGCCCUGGUGUUUACGACUACGGAAAAGUUAUGUGUAUUUUCUGUGGUGCAGUUUUUGCAUUUAUGGUUGUCAUAUUGGCAUUGGGUCCAGAAAAGUUUCACAGAAACUUGAAGAUGGUGCCUGCUGAAUACGGUGCCUACCCUGAUGUCGAAGAAACUUUGGAUUUGGACAAACCAGACAAGGAAACCAGAAUGUAG